GACGCGUCCGUCCGUCGCUAUCCACAACUCGUACUUCCCAUCCUGAGACAAAGCUUGUGACUAAGCAUCAUUGAAUAAUUCCUAUUUUAUGCGUCCACCCACUCGUCCUCUGACUCCAUAUUUCUCCUUUUGUGGACAAUUUCCUCUCAUAAUUACUCUGUAGUUUUGUGGACCUCAGCAGGUGUGAGUGAAAGUCGGUAUGAGGCAACCUUUGGUCACCGUGUUGUUCGCAGUGGUGGCAGCUUUCACUUGGACGGGAUUCCAAUUCAGUGAAGCAGCCUUCAUAAAUUUAAAGGUUUAUGAAAACGAGUGGCUAAGAAAAGUACUGACGGAACCGUUGAAUAAUGUUCACGUGCGACCCACCGUUAUGAAUACUUCAGAACCAAUUGAGAUCAGCGUUUCUCUCGUUGUCCGAAAUUUCGAGGUGAUUAAUGCCAAGGAGCAGGAGUACACCGUUCAAAUUACGCUGCGUCAGGAAUGGGAGGAUGAUCGCUUGGCCUAUGCAAAGUUCAAUCCUGUUCAACUCCGUCAAAUAAAAUACUUGACACUUGUGGAACCCGACAAGAUUUGGACACCUGAUACAUUUUUCAAAAAUGAGAAACGCAGCUCGAUCCAUAAUAUUAUGAAGCCUAAUAAUUUUGCGAGGAUAUUUUCCAAUGGGACCGUUCGACUGGAGACCAGAAUUUCUCUAACUCUCGCGUGUCCAAUGAAUUUGAGAUACUUCCCUUUCGAGCAUACCACUUGCAACAUGCAGAUCGCCAGUUAUGGAUUUGCUCGCGACGACCUGAUCUACAAGUGGAGGCCACAACCACCCCCAAUCACGAUCCGCUCGGGGGCGGCCUACCCUCAGGAAUUUGUCUUUGAUUCCAUCACCUCCAACUAUUGCGACGCUCAAUCGGGCAACGGCGGCGUGUUUAGCUGUCUCCUGGCAGAGUUCCACUUCCGCCGGAACCAUUUCUACUACCUCAAGCAGAACUUCAUCCCACUGACCAACCUCGUGAUUGUGUCCUGGUUCUCAUUCCUCCUCGACUACCGACGCACCCUGCUCCUUCGCGCCCUCCUCUGCAUGCUCACCUACUCCACGGCCUUCUCCCUCUUGGGUAACGUGGCCAAGGACCUCCCUCGAACAAGGACCACGGCCCUCGACUGGUGGAACGGGAUCAGUCUCACCUUCAUCUUCGCGGCCUUAGUGGAACUCGUCUUUGUCCACUACGUCACGACGGUGUCAGGGUCAUCCGGAAAUGGUGGCGACGAUUCGAUCGGUUCGGUAAAGAGUUCCAAGCGAAACAGUGCCUUCGAUUCCACGGUGGAGAUGGAGAUGAUUGCGAGAGGUAAACUUGGCGAGGGGGGCAGCAGUGGGAUGUCCACGUCGGUGAACAUUGAGCCAGAAAACGUGGAGGUGGCUGCAGGAGAGAGGAAGAAAUCCGUCGAAAUUCAAACGACCACUCAUUGGACGAGCAAAGUCAAUCCGGACAAAAUCGAGAGGUGGAUUAAAGUCCUCUAUCCCGCAGUCUUCGCCGGCUUCAACCUCAUCUUUUGGCUGGUCUGCUCAAAUUCGGGGGGUCAUUAAUUAAGCAAAUCACAUUUUUUAUCACGACAAGAAUUAUUUUCUUGGCAAGGUUUUUUUUUACAUUAUUUGGCGUGGACAAAGUAUUAAGCAGUACGAGUUAGUAGAUAAUUAAGUUGUGCAUGUUUAUAGAUACAUGAAAGCUUUCAUUUUGUUUGGCUGCACUUUCUGUCUCAUCUCGAUUUUAUCUUGUUGGCCAAUUCCAAUUUUUUGGUCUUUUCAGAGAUGAAAGUUAUUGUUGGUGGUAAAAGAUAAUGGUAUAUCAGUCAUUAAAUUAUGCUUCACAUUAUUAUCUAUUUAUCUUUUGUACAAGUCCUUACUUAGCUAAUCUUAAUAUGUAUCUGAUCUAUUAUGGAUUGAAGUACGAGUAAAAGUUGUGCAGAAUCUGUGUGCCUAAAAAUCUGGAUGGGAGAGGCUAGCAAAAAUUGAGCAAUAACGCGUUAAAAAUCUCUCAAUGACAAGGUGAAAAUUACUUAAUUGUUGUCAUUUAUUUAGCACUAUUUUAUCUCUCGUUCGUCGUUUUAAGUGUGAGUCUGAGUGCACCCAAUUAGAACGAUGCGAGUCCUUGUUGUUGGCACUUUCAAAUCUGCUUAUUAGUGGUUGGUUAGUUGGGUGGUGACAUUGAUAACAGUAAUUAAACUAUGGUUAGUUAGGAGACGACGUAAUUUUUGUUAUGUUCUUUUGUGUCUUAUUAUGUGUGUGUUUGGCUUAAAUUAAAUUGCUUUGACCUGCUGCACAGUCA